UGAUGAUGAACCACAAAAAACAAAGAAGCCUGAGACUAGUCUACAGAAAAUGCUUCAGACCUGGUUCAACAAAUGUAUACCUAAUGUGGACUGUUCAGUGAAAAGGAUCCUAAAAGAUGGGCGUGUUGUGAUAAACAUUAAACCAGCUCCAGCUAUCACUGAGCUUCAGAAACUGAGUAAAGAAACACUAACUGAGAAGGAAACUGAGAAGGGAGCUGGGAAGGGAAAAAAAACAACGGUCACCAUAACAUCCAUCAGUCUGACACUGCCAUCUCCAGAGCUCGAUACACAACUACUUACUGAAGAUGAUUCUUCAGUAAGUCUACCAGAGCCACAAACUGAGCAAGAUCAACAGGGGGAGCAGAGUGAAACAGGUUCUACAGCUGGAGACCAGAUGGGUGCUUCUUUCAUGCCAAAGACAAAAAAUGAGCACAUUCAGCCAGGGAAGGAGAGUAACACAGGUUCUACAACUGAAGAAGAUAGUGGUACUUCCCCAAUGUGCUUACAAACUGAGCAAGUUCAGGUGGGGAAACAGAGUAGCAGAGAUCCUGCAGGUGAAGAAAUGUACACUUGUUCUGUCCCAGUGGGUCAUUUCUGGUAUGUGAACCACAUGUACGAAGAGGAAAUGAAACUUAUAGAGAAAGAGAAUGGAGUAAAAAUCAGGGCAGAUGUGAAGGUGAGAUUUGAAGAAGACCAAAAACAUGGGAGCCCAGACAAUGCUCGAGAGGAGUUUGCAAACCUUGUCCAGAAAAGCUUAGUUGAAUCCAGUGGCUCAGUUAUUCCUCUCAAGUUCAUAGAGUCAGAUCAGUGGGGCGAUGCACUGAAAACAAUCCAGGAAAAAGAAAACAAGCUUUUGGUUACUCUGACCUCUGAAACAAUGACUGUGCGUGGGCCAGGACAAAGUCAAGAGGCCAUCAAAAAGUUCUUAAAUGCAGAUACACAUCGGAAAAGAAACACAGAUGCUUCUCAUCAAGAGUAUGAAAGAGAGACUCAAGAAUCACUGAAGAUUGACAUGACCAUCAAAGAUGAUUUCCCGCAUGCAGGACUGAUCAUUGAGAAGACAUUUUGGAAGUUGAUGACUAACUCUUAUAACAAGCAAAUAGAAAAGAUCAAAGCUAAGUUUAACGUAGCUUUCAAAGAUUCAGACAUUGAUCAAGGCAAAGUUAAUGUCACAGCUUUCUACAAGAAAGAAGGAAAUGCCUCAAUGGAGAGCCACGCCCUCAGAGCACUUCUCUGUCUACACCAGAGGUUUGUUUCAUCCCAAUUCCAUGGUGCCACUGGGUUCAGUGGCACAAUCAUUUCUCAAUCAGAGGGGGCCUCCAAUGAGCCUGUGUUGAAUGGCCAAUCAGCAAACAGGAAGCACAACAUUGACCCACCAACUGACAGUGGGAAAAGAGCAGGUGACCAAAGUGAUGAAAGGUGUCCUAUAUGUUUGGAUAAAUUCAAAAACAAGAGACAGCUCAACUGUAAACAUGAAUUUUGUAAAGACUGUCUGAAACAAGCAGAGAAGGCGAAUGGGCCCAUCUGUCCUAUAUGCAGAGUCGUCUUUGGUAAGAUAGUCGGAGACCAACCAGAUGGAACAAUGUCACACCAGAUACUCACAUUUCCCCUCCCUGGAUACUCAGACUGUGGCACCAUAAUGAUCAGCUAUGAGAUUCAAAGUGGAACACAGACGGCAAAGCAUCCCAAUCCUGGACAGCACUAUUAUGGUAUUCGUAGAACAGCAUAUCUUCCAAACAACAAAGAGGGCAAUGAAGUGCUGCGACUGCUGAAAAAAGCGUUUGACCAGAGGCUCAUUUUUACUAUUGGGACAUCCAGAACAACUGGAAUGGACGGCCAGGUGACCUGGAAUGACAUUCACCACAAAACAUCCAUGUCAGGAGGAGCAGAAAGCUUUGGGUAUCCUGACCCUGAGUACCUGAGCAGAGUCAAAGAAGAGUUAAAGGCCAAAGGCAUUGAGUGACGUUCUUAAUACAAAGUGCAGCUGGAUUAAAAAUGUUUAAAGAUGACUCUUUAAACAGACACUGAAAUUCAAAUACUCUGUUUUGCUCUUUUCUCUGUUAAUGUUUUAUCUGAUCAGUAAAGUUUAGAAUUGACUUCUUUCAUUAGCUAUAUAUAUAAUCUUCAAAUACUAAGUGAUGAUUUUUUUUUCUGUUGAUUGUCAAAGUUUUCAUCAUGUAACAAUAUAAAAUGUAGAUUUGCAUAAACACAGGUUUAUAUAAUCUCAGGUCUACAGUGCUGAUGGUCUGACUUUCUGUUUGCCUAAUAAAUGAUUAAAUCCUCCACACUGAAUUCCUCCUUUUAUCA